ACUAAACGGAGGGACGAUAAUUGCCUUCUUUCUUUCAUUUUUCUCUUUUUUUUUCCUCUUUCCUUCGAUUUUCUUCUCUCUCUUCGAUCUUCACGGCCCAGCUCGUUUUCGAUCUCUCCCACGAAAUCAGGGUUUCGUUUCGAGCUCUCUCUCUCUCUCUCUCUCUCUCCCUCAGCCUCCAUUAACGCUCUCUCGAGCUCCCCUUCCCCUCCUUGUCCUAACAGUAACAGCGCCCUGAUUCCUCCGUAUCUCUCUCUCUCUCUCUCUCUCUAGGGCUUUGUGGAUCUAAUCCUCCCCCCUCCCUCCCUCCCUCAGCUCCGGCCUCCGUCCUGCUGCCUCGAAGAUGUUUUGGAAGCUCACUGCUCUGUCCGCCCCCUCUCCCGUGGAAUCGAUCCUUGACAAGGAAAAUUUCACUUUGGAAGAGCUUUUGGAUGAAGAAGAGAUCAUACAAGAGUGCAAGGCGUUAAACAGCCGUCUCAUUAAUUUCCUACGGGAUAGGACGCAGGUGGAGCAGUUGUUACGUUAUGUUGUUGAAGAACCUCCAGAGGAUGCUGAUAGCAAACGUGCCUUCAAGUUCCCUUUCAUUGCCUGCGAGAUCUUUACAUGUGAGAUUGAUGUUAUUCUCAAGGCCUUGGUGGAGGAAGAAGAAUUAAUGGACUUGCUUUUCUCCUUCUUGAAUCCAGACCGGCCUCAUAGUGCCUCGCUUGCUGGGUAUUUCAGCAAGGUGGUUAUAUGCCUCAUGUUGCGGAAGACAGUUGUGCUCAUGAAUUAUGUUCAGGCCCAUCAAGAUGUGUUUCGUCAGUUGGUCGAUUUGAUAGGAAUUACAUCCAUUAUGGAGGUAUUGGUUCGAUUAGUAGGUGCUGACGACCAUGUAUAUCCGAACUUUUUGGAUGUGAUGCAAUGGUUAGCUGAUAGCGACUUGUUAGAGAUGAUUGUCGACAAACUAAAUCCUUCGUGCACUCCUGAAGUUCAUGCUAAUGCAGCUGAAACACUAUGCGCUAUAACUCGAAAUGCUCCAUCUGCUCUUGCCACUAAACUUUCCUCUCAAAGUUUUGUUGAGAGAGUCUUUGGUCAUGCAUUGGAAGACUCACAUUCAAAAUCUGGCCUCGUCCAUUCGCUUUCAGUCUGCAUUUCUUUACUUGAUCCCAAAAGGUCGGCAGUGUCGUCUCCUCUGUUUCAUUCCUUCCGUGGACAACACAUGUAUGAAUCUCCAGUCCCUGUUAGUUCAGAGACGAUCAGUGCAAUGCUGCCAAGACUUGGUGAUUUGCUGAUGCUUUUGAAUGUGUCAUCUGAUCAGAAGAUAUUGCCAACAACUUUUGGAGAAUUGAGGCCACCUCUGGGAAAGCAUCGUUUAAAGAUUGUAGAAUUCAUUGCAGUGCUAAUGAGAUCUCGAAAUGAAGUUGCAGAGAAAGAAUUGGUCAGCUCAGGGACCAUUCAAAGAGUUCUUGAUCUAUUCUUCGAGUACCCAUAUAACAAUGCUCUGCACCAUCAUGUUGAAAGUAUCAUAUUAUCAUGUUUGGAGAGCAAAAGUGAAGGGUUGGUUGAUCACUUGUUUGUAGAAUGUAAUUUACUUGGAAAGAUGCUACAGACAGACAGAAAUCCUGAUCUCUCAGGUGAUUCUAAUCAGCCGACUCUACCUGCUCCUGGAAAACGGGCGCCAAGAGCAGGAAAUAUCGGACACAUAACAAGAAUCUCUAACAAGCUUGUCCAGAUGAGUAGCAGCAAUAGCUGCAUCCAAAAUUUUCUUCAGGGCAAUGGUGAAUGGGGUCAAUGGCAGGCUACUGUUUUGCAGGAGCGUAAUGCAGUCGAAAAUGUUUUCCGUUGGGCUUGCGGCCGUCCGACUGCUUUACUUGAUAGGACCAAGGAUAGUGAUGAAGAGGAUCUUCAUGAUAGAGACUAUGAUGUAGCUGCCCUUGCUAAUAAUCUCAGUCAGGCUUUUAGCUACAAAAUCUAUGGAAAUGAAGAAGCUGAAGAGGAUCGGGCUAUCGAUCGUGAUGAUGAGGAUGUGUACUUCGAUGAUGAAUCCGCUGAAGUUGUUAUCUCAUCCUUGAGACUGGGUGAUGACCAGGGAAGUUUGUUCACAAACUCCAACUGGUUCGCCUUCCAAGACGAGAGAAUGGGUACUGCAACUUUAGGCAGUUCGUCCGCAGAGAUGAUGGACGAAAUAAACCUAAAUGGAGCUGCAAAUGUUGGAAACAGCAGCAGCAGUGACGAUGAGGUGGUCUUAGGAGAGGAUGAAGACAUGACUGGCAAAGCUGCCUCCAAUGGUGUAUCAACUUCUGAUUCGCACUCCAUUAAUGAACCUCCAAGCAAUGAUCCCAUCUUCAGGGCAGACUCUGACCUUCAAGACGAGAGAGCAAGUGCCUCCCACGACCCAGGUUUCUUCAAGUUUGAGAUUCCUGAGAACGAAGACAUUUUCGGGGACAGGCCGUUGCCUGAAUGGGUUGGGUGGGGUGAGUCGUCUGAUAUGCAGAUCGGUGGGUCCAGCAUGAACCCAUUUGAGGAUCCCGAUAUAAACCUUCCUGACCAGAGUGACGAAGUGGCACAGGACCUCAGCACGAGUGGAGGAUCGGGAUCCCCACUACCCAAUGGGGUACUUGCCCCUGCUGGAUCUAUCACCCCUGCAAGCUCUAGUGAUGGUUCAGUGGGCAGCGACUCUAGCCAAAAGUCUGCUACCGUCCCAUCACUGUUCGAGGAGGAUGUUGAAUUUGUGGGCGUGGAAGCGGAAGGAACUGAGAAGGCGAUGGAACACGCUCUCAAAGAAGGGAUAGUGGGUGAGGCGGGCCCUCUCAAGAGGAAUAUUGCGCCAAAGUCGCCCGAGAAGGAAGCUUCUGAAGAGGCUGAGGGGGGCAUGAAGGAGUUUAAUGACGCGAACUAUUGGAGGGUCGACCAAGAGGUGGCUGUUCUCGAGUGAGAUGCAGUGAUAUUUGACCUGACCUGGUUCGAGAAUGAAUCGGCCCAUCGUCCCUUGAAAACCCCAAUUGUCUGCCCAGAGAAGAUCUUGCGAGACUGGUCAGUCUGCAGGUUAGUAAUGUACAGUGUAAUUUUGGUUUGUGAAUUGGGGGUGUUGUGGUGUAUUAGCAACUGUACUCUACUGUUAAUUAUUGAAGGUUGGUUUCCUUUUUCCUCGUAACUGAUGGUUUAGGGCACACGCUAAAUCGUGGUUAGUGAAUUGUUCUUUGGGCCUGAAUUCUUCGCCCUCAAGACAGAUCCGGUUUGUGAAAUUUAUGAUUCUUGAAGGAACGAAAUAAUGUCUUUAGAUGUUAAGAUUAGUACUUA